UAUUGCUUUUGAUUCGGUCUAUGUUGGUUGCGCCAUGGUCUGGUCUCGAUUAUAAAAACCAUCCGAUAUCUGCCAGGACUGAUAUUGUUCCGUGCAUACGGCUCUUUUGCUCAUUCAUGUUCACUCCUGGUUCAUUUGAAUACCACUCUCUUUCUCGACCCAACCUCAUUUGUCUCUCCGCGGUUGCCCGUCAGGAGUGUACAGAGGCAACUCCUCCGGCAAACAAACCAACGUGAUACUGUAAUUUAACCGAGUAUUUAUUGGUAUCCCGUACAGCUUGACGAGCAGCUGGAAUCCGAUUGGCUGCCGCAGGGAACUAUAAAGCCCAAGUCCCUGCAAUGAGGUGCGAGAAUGUCAAGACGGCAAUCCCGAAGAACAUCCAGAUAGUGUCGCUUGGAUUCGUCUAUUCUGCUGCCUGUAUCGUUUGCGUUCUACUGCUCCUGCAACGCAUCCGACGUCGCCGGCUCGGGUUCGCACCGUCAAAGAGGCGAAUGGAUCCGCUGUCAUCUUCGCUAGAGAAAGGUGGUGGCGAAGUACCACCCGGUGCAGUGGGCCAAGGCUACAGCGUAACCUACCUGCAAGAUCCUAUUUCCGACAGCGUUGGCGCUUUGCCUUCAGCUUGCGAUGUUCUGCAGCCCCUGUCGCACUUGUCUCAAUUGCCAUCGAGUGGUUAUCUGGCCGCUGUGCUGGCCCGAGAGCGGAGUUCCUGGAUGCAACAGACGUAUCCACCGGAGAAACCUGCUCUACAGACUUCCGGGGACGCCGACAUGGAAGCCACUGUCAUCUCUUCUGUCUGUCAAGAUAAUCUCGGUGGCUUGUCUUCGGAGCGCUUGAGUGGUGGCAGUAUGAUUCCGAAAGCUCCACAGCGGACGGGUUCAUCCCCGGUUGGGUGGCGUACCGAAAGCCAGGAACCGCCGCUCAGUGUUGCGGAGUCUAGCGGACCUCAUCCAAGUCGAAAAUCCGGUCACGCAGUCCAGUACAUGCAAGAAGCGAAUGAGGAGGGAGUGCGGACCUGGAGACGUGUGGUGGUGGAGUACAGCUGAUUAUCGUGUGGUUUCCAUCGUUUUGGUUUGGUUCGAGGCUGUUCUUGUCCUCCAUUCUGUAUUGCUUCGAUUUUCUGUUUGCUUCGUGAUGGCAAUGUCUCCAUCUGGGAUUAGUUCGAGGCGCGUACCAGAAGGGCGGCCUCGAAAAUGGGCGGUCCUGUCUUUUCUUCGUUUGACAAGGGAGUUUUAGUUAGUGGCUGACAAUGAUUAAUGACUGAA